ACAUUUUCUAACACACCAUGCUAUGCUAUGCUAUAAAUUCAUCAGAACUCGUAUCAUCUUCACAAUCAAACCUAACCAUUAUCAUCUCUUCACUUGUAUUCAACAAAAAAAUACCUUUUUAAUUACCUUUUUUUGGUUUUCUUGUGUGUCAAGUUAAAAAGUAUAUUAUUCCACUUCACAUAUAGUAACAUUCCAAUAUUGUGUGCCAUGGCUACUACUAAAAUUAUCACUAGUUUUGUUGUCAUAUUGGUGCUCCUAGGCACAAUAUGUGAUGCGCAAUUGACAUCUACGUUUUAUGAUAGUACAUGCCCUAAUGCACUUAGCACAAUUAGAACUGCAAUUCGUACUGCAGUUUCUAAAGAGCGUCGUAUGGCUGCAUCUCUCAUUCGCCUUCAUUUUCAUGAUUGCUUUGUUAAGGGGUGUGAUGCAUCAAUUUUAUUGAAUGAUAGUUCCACAAUCGAGAGCGAAAAGAGUGCACGUCCAAAUAUUAACUCGGUAAGGGGAUUUGAAAUCAUUGAUAAAGCAAAAUCUGAGGUGGAGAAAGUAUGUCCCGGAAUUGUGUCUUGUGCAGACAUUGUAGCCAUAGCAGCACGUGAUGCAUCAUUCGCUGUUGGUGGUCCUUCAUGGACAGUGAAACUUGGACGAAGAGACUCUACCACCGCAAGCAAAACUUUGGCCAAUACUGACCUUCCAUUAUUUACAGACGAUCUUAAAACUCUUAUAUCUCAUUUUACAAAAAAAAAUCUCACUCCUAGAGACAUGGUUACUCUAUCUGGUGCGCAUACUAUUGGACAAGCUCAGUGUUUCACAUUUCGUGGCAGGAUAUACAACAAUGCAAGUGACAUAGAUGCUGGAUUUGCUAGCACUCGUCAACGUGGUUGUCCAUCGUCUAGCACUACCGCAAACGAUCAAAAGUUGGCAGCACUGGAUUUGGUUACACCAAAUUCUUUUGACAACAACUACUUUAAGAAUUUAAUUCAGAAGAAGGGUCUUCUUCAAUCCGAUCAAGUUCUGUUUAGCGGAGGAUCUACUGAUUCUAUUGUUUCAGAAUACAGCAAAAAUCCUACAACUUUCAAGUCAGACUUUGCAGCUGCUAUGAUAAAGAUGGGAGAUAUUGAACCCUUAACUGGAUCGGUUGGAGUCAUAAGGAGCAUCUGCAGUGCUGUCAACUAGUUUUACAAAAUCCUUUCUUCAUGAGCAUCAAUCAAUUGCCAAUUGCUUUUAAUGUUGUGUGCCAAUAUUUUCAAAUUUGAUCAUUAAUUAAUUAUUUUGUAUAUCUUCAAUUGUACGGUGUUAAAUAUUUGGCAUCAAUUCAUUUAAUUGUAUGUGCACACUAUACUACAUAUUUGUACAAUGAUCAAGACAUUGUAUGUUAUUUUGGUUUAAGGGAUGU